GGGAGGGGAGGAGGCGAAACCGCCCCGACACCGCGCCUGCUCCCUCGCUCGGGCUGGAAAGUUGGACGGUUGGUGGCGUCACAAAAGGAACGACGUCACUUGAGGAUUGAAUAUGAACUUGGGCAGGAGGCUUGGAGCGUCGAACUGGUGAAGUGGCAAUGGCUGAUAAGGGAACAAUGUCUGGCGGUGAUACUGUUGAUGCAAAAUCCAGCACAGUCUAUGAAGGAAGUCAAAAGCAGCUUGCUGGUAAUACCCACACAGUGGAUGCAGUACCUGACCAGUACAUGAAAUAUAACAUGAAUUAUGAACAUACUGGCAUGUGUGUUAUCUUCAACAAUAAGAAUUUCCAUCCAAAAACAGGCAUGGAUAAACGUAAUGGUACAGAUGUAGAUGCGGGUAAUUUGGUAAAGACAUUCCAAAAACUGGGUUUUCAAGUUGUGGUUCAUAAUGAUCAAACAUGCAAUGAAAUGGUUGAAAAGCUGAAAAAUGCUGCCAAGAGAGACCACAGCCAAAUGGCUUCUUUUGUCUGUAUCUUCCUUAGCCAUGGCGAUGAUGGCUUGCUUUACGGAACAGAUGGUGCUCAAGAAAUUAAAGAAUUAACCAGUAUAUUUAAAGGAGAUCAAUGCAGAACUCUGGUUGGCAAGCCAAAGCUGUUUUUUAUACAGGCCUGUCGAGGAAAUGAAUUUGAUGCAGGUGUUGAGACAGACAGCAUUGCAGAAGAAAAGAGUACUCCGCUUAAAAAAAUACCUAUAGAGGCUGAUUUCCUUUAUGCAUAUUCUACAGCACCUGAUGCUGCCAGAUCUGGCUAUUACUCUUGGCGAAAUACAGGCAAUGGUUCAUGGUUUAUUCAGUCAUUAUGCCAUGUACUGGACAGGUAUGGCAAGGAACUGGAGAUCAUGCAGAUGCUUACCAGAGUCAACCACAAAGUGGCACUAGAAUUUGAAUCCUGCACAACUUCAUUGGCCUGCAAUGAAAAGAAGCAAAUCCCUUGCAUUAUUUCUAUGCUAACAAAAGAACUUUACUUUUGUCAUUAAGACCCCUUUGGAAACGUGGAAUUGCACAAUUGUUUACAGAUCUAUUUCAAAAUUAAAUACUUCUUACAGCUUAGAAUAACUUACUUGCCUGCAGUGAAAUAGCUUUUUUAACCAAAAGAGCCAAUGAUUUCUCAAACCUGUUCAGCUAAAUUGUUGAAUAUAAUGUCUUUCCAAUAAUUUUGAAAAUCAACAGUUUUUCGAGUCUCAUUGUAGAGAGCAACUUGGUGUGUGUUUGUGAAUAGAUAUGUGGUCAAAUAUACAUACAUUUUUCACGAUUGCUAGGUAGCCUAGUGGGGAGCAACUAAGUACACAUACUGGAGAAUAAUUAGUUUUACUGACCUUCACAUGUGUUAAAACUUCUCGCCAACAUAUUAGAACAGUGUCCAUUAGUCUGUUAAUUCAAUUUUGGCCCUGUAGUAACACUUUCACCUCUGAAUCAGAAGAUUAAGAUUCAAGCUCCUUUCCAGAAAUUUGAGUUAUAAACCAGGAUGAUAUUUCUGAUUGUACUACUGAAGGAAUGCUGAACUGCCCGUUGCUACAUUUCAGGUGACACUUUGAACAGAGGUCUAGCCUUGCUCCCCCUCAUCUGGGAAAGUGGCAUUGAGGUUGACAAUCGGCCAUGAUCUAAUUGAAUGGUGGUGCAGGCUCAACAGGCGGAAUGGCCUAGUCCUGUUCCUAUGUUCUUAUCCACCCUCAGAUGGGCCUAAAUGAUCUCAUACAUCUAAUUGAAGAAGAGCAGGGAGUUCUCCCAAUGGCUUGAUCAACAUUGUUCCUCAACCAGCAGCAUUAAAAUAGUAUACUGGUCAUUUAUUUCAUUGUUUUUUGUGGAACCUUGCUUUGUGCAAAGCAGCUGUCAUGCUUACCUACAUUACAACAGAGAAAUUUCAAAAAUAUUUAAGCUGUGAAACAGUGGGGCAUUCUCGGGUAGUGAAAGGCACUAUAUAAAUAGAAGUUCGAAUGUUUAGUUUGAGGGUGGAGAUGGUUUGACUAAUUCAGUUGUAUUCCAGAACUUUCAAGAAAACUUUUGCUGCCAACAUUGAAGUUUGCUGGUGUUAGGCAGGCGAUUUCUGACUAGUCUGUUUCCUUGCAUUAAGUUUUACGUACCAAAGUCAUGAUAAAAGUAAGCUCAUAUAGCAUGCAACAUUUUUAAGCCAAUGAAAUAACAAACAUUAUUCUAUGGACUGGUAGUAUUACCAUUUCAUAUUUGAAGUUGUUAUCAAAUGAGUCUGUACUCAUUGUACACUACACAGUGUAAUUGGGCAUUCCCAGUUCAUAAUCAAAAUUUCAGUCUUAUUAAUUAGGAAGUACAUUACUGAAGGAUUGCAUUUCAGACUUUUUCCUCAGUCACUAUCUCAAAUUCCCCCAUAUUAUUUCCUAUUAAAAGAUGAACAGAACAUGUUCCCUGGCCUUGAUGGGAUUCUUGAGCCUCUGUGGUAAUUCAUUAAGGUCUAAGAUGAUCUGUGCCUUUUUCUUCCAUCUGUGGAGCAGGUGGGAAGCUUGACUACUGUGUCUGCUCAUGACAAUUGAUGUCAUGAACUUGGAUGCAAACCCCUGUAGUUGUUAGCACAGCAGAUUUGUACAUUUCUGCAUUGCUCUGACAAAAAUAAUUUUUUAUUAAAAAAAUGAAUACUAAGGUACAUGCUUUGACUUUUCACAAUGUUUGAAAUAUUUACAGCUUGAUCCUAUGUACUUUUCAGCUUAUAAUAAUGAAAAUUGUUUAAUUUAGCACUGAUUAAACCUUGGAAUAUUUGAA